AUGCUUAUCAACAAAAGUGUCCUCGUUGUUGCAUUUGCCGGCAUUGCUCAAGCAAUCAGCCAUGCAGAUCCACCCUACUUUCCUGCAAACUGCAAAACACCCAGCGUCACCCCCGAGAUUCGCGACCUCCCAGCACGUGAUUUUUUUGGCAAAACGGUAUACCCGUGUGUCAAGGUUGGAGAGAGCUGUAAAUCCUCCAGCGACUGCACACGUCCCCCAGCUGCCGAGUGCCACAAGGAAAGAACAGACCGGAAAUACAUUUUCCCUCUGCCUGGGUCUUGCAUUGACGGCUUCUGCCGCCAUAUCUCGAACAAGAAGGAAUCCCCCUGCGACUGUCUCGCUGGUUGUGAUCUCAAAGACUUCGAUCGGGAUCUGAGUUGUAUCGAUGGGAGGUGCAAGGCUGCUGAGUGCGCUCCGUGUGGCGAGUUCCCCAACAACCGCGCAUGCUGUGCCCCUGGCGUGAGAGGCCAGGAUGGCAGAUGUUUCUGCCCUACUGGUGCAGGAGAAGGAUGCGCCACAAACCCUGAAAAGUGUGACUCUGGGAGCUUUAAUGAUAUGUGCUGCGGUAGAGCAUACAGUCACUCACUAGCUGCGACUGGAUAUUAUUUCAACGUGAUGAAGCGUGGAGAGAUCCGCGAGGCAUAUGGUAUCGAGGGUAGCGGCAUGGGAGACUGCUGUGCUUCAUUCUGGUGUCUUUGCUGUGCGCUAAUCCAGCAGGAAAAGGAGGUCAAGUCCCGACAACUUGCGUGCUGCGAGACCGCUGGCUAUCAGCCUAUGAAGGAUGGCAUGCAUAUGCCUUGA